UAGCAUUCGCAAAGAAAAACUAACUUUUUGUUUGUUCUCUCCAAUUGAUUGUGCUAAAACUUUGUGUGUUUUUGCAAAAAUUCCCCCAUGAGUGUGUGAGUUUUUACAAUUGUUCUUUCUUUCGUUUAGCAUAAAAUACAACAAGAAAAACAUUGAGAAGAAAGCAACUAAAGAAGAUUUAAAACAAAAACAAAUUUUUUAAAUAAUUUGUUGUGAGCUACUCAUCAUCGUUGCUGGCCGUCUGCAACUGUUGGGGUCAAAGUUACGCUAAGUAAAAAAUAAACAGCAAAAUAUAUCAAUCAAGCUAAGGAAACCAGCCGCAAAGUAAAAGAAACAAAUUCUAUCCAUCAUGGCUAACAUGGCAGUGUCACGUAUUAAGCGCGAAUUCAAGGAAGUUAUGCGCAGUGAGGAGAUUGUUCAAUGCUCCAUUAAAAUUGAACUAAUCAACGACAGUUGGACUGAAUUACGUGGUGAAAUCGCUGGACCACCAGAUACUCCAUACGAAGGUGGUAAAUUUGUACUGGAAAUCAAAGUACCCGAAACGUAUCCUUUCAAUCCACCUAAGGUGCGUUUCAUAACAAAAAUUUGGCAUCCCAAUAUAUCCUCGGUUACUGGUGCCAUAUGUUUGGAUAUAUUAAAAGAUAACUGGGCUGCUGCUAUGACAUUACGUACAGUUUUGUUAUCAUUGCAAGCUUUAUUAGCUGCCGCUGAACCAGAUGAUCCACAAGAUGCUGUGGUGGCUUUUCAGUAUAAAGAUAAAUAUCAAUUAUUUGUAACGACAGCCCGGCAUUGGACCAAUGUUUAUGCGGGUGGGCCGCAUAAAUAUCCAGACUGUGAUGCCAAGAUACAACGCUUGAAGGAUAUGGGCAUAGAUGAGCAUGAUGCUCGUGCUGUUCUAUCGAAAGAAAACUGGGAUUUGGAAAAAGCUACUGAAAGUCUAUUCAGUUAGCUUCGUUUUCCAACACCCCAUAUUUGUAGCAAUUCGUGGGGAUUAUUUAAGUUUUGAAAACACAAAUGAAGGGUUUGCUGCGCUUUAAAGUUUAAUGAACAAACAAGAAACAUCAAAACGAAAACAAUCUGCACUUAAGCGCCUCAUAAUUUUCUAUCAAUUUUCCUGUUUUUUCUAUUAUUUAAUUUUUUUAAAAUAUUUUUUAUUCGUCUUUUUUAUGUGUGUGCACAUCAUCCAAUCUUCUUAAGUCCUCUCCGUUUUAAUCUGUCUUGCAAUUUUGUACUUCAGUUAAAAAAAAAAUUGGUUUUAACUUAAAUUUUGGAUAUCUAUUGUUAAAGUCUUGGAAUUAUAAAGACAGUUGAACUGUUUUUUUUUUAAAGCUUACAGCAAAUUUUGUAUUUAAUAAACUUCACUUAAAAACCUUUCCUUUUAAGCAUUUAAUAAGUUCUUCGUUUCUUUUAGUUUAUUAUUGGUAUCACCCUAAAAUUGUGCUACUUUAUUUUUGGUUCUCUUAAAUUACAAUAGAAAUAUAUUGAAACAAAAUUAUCAUUUAAAAUAAACAAAAUUAGUUUGUAAUGAAACAAAGAACAAAAAAAACAUAAAAUUUCAUUAAGUUUAAAGUAAAAUAAAAAGAAUACAAAAACAAAUGUGUUAAAAAAGUAAAGAAGAACAACACAAAAGAGAAAAGUAACUAUUAAUUCAAAAA